ACAACAAGGGCCACCAUGGUGAGACAGUGGCUGGAGGCGGCCCUGGGGCUGCUGGAGCGCUUGGUGGCUGCGUGUGACGAAGCCACCGCGUUCCCUCAGGAGCUGCUGUUCCUGCUCGGGAACAUCGAGGCUGCCCUGGAGGAGAUAAAUGAGGCGUCCCCCGAUGUCCCCGAGGACUUGAUGGCCAAGGUGGACGUGGCCGAGCGGCUGUGGGAAGCCAAUGCCCGCCUGGCCAAGGAUCACCUGGUGGGGAUAAUUGAUGACAUCCCCGACUUGAGUAGCAAGGGUGGCCGUGCCAGGCCCAGUGCCCGUGGGGUGGCUGAGCGGUGCCAAAGAGCCAUCAAGGACAUCUCAAGGCUCCUUCGACCCCUGGAGCGUCCCCAGUGCAUCCCGAAGUUGUCCCAACUGUCCCCGGCCCUGCUGCAGCCACAGGUCACUGUGGUGGCCACCCUGGGUGAGCUGCUGGACACCCUGCCCACACAGGAAGAGGAGAUGCUGCCUGUGUGCCCAAAGCACCUGUACGGGGACCUGGAGGAAUUCACUGAGGAGCUCUUGGUCACCCUGCACUGCACUGAUGACACCUGGAAGCGCCAGAAUGUCACCAAAGAUGGUGAUGGCGGUGUCACCUCCCUGAGCCAGGCCCUGGCCGCCUACAGGAGCGCCCCACAGACCAUGCAGGGCCGUGUGGCCAUGGCGGCCAGGAAGUGGCAGUGGUCGGUGAAUGAGCUUGUGGACAGGUGGGCCCAGGUGAGCAGGAAAGCCACUGAGCUCCGUGACACCUGGAGCAAGGUGGUCACUGAGGCAAUGACCGCCCAGUUCAGGGAGCAGCAGGACGAGGCUGCCCGUGAUGGGACAUCUGAGGAACACAUGGUGGAGCUGGGUCAGGCCCUGGGCAGGGAGGAGGGGGCCGAGGUGCUGGCCAGGACUGAAGCCCAGGUGAGGAGAGAGGCCAGGGUGGCNAACUAG